GUGGCGUUGUGGGACUACACGUAUUUCUACCUUCAUACCAGUCGUCUUUUCGAUCGCAGUGUGACAGUGUAAGUUAGCUUCGGAUACUUGGCGCCCCGGUGCUCCCCGGUGCUCGAUAGUAUAUCUAGAUUGACAACGAUCAGAUUUAAGGGAUCACGCCCAAACAUGGCGUCUUUUAACAACUUUACGUUGGACGAUGAAGAGGAGCCCCAGCCUGCUUUGGCGCCGGAGCCCGUCACAAUGCGUCCUGCACCAGGACAUGCCACGGCUGGGCUGUCGGCUGACGUCCAUCAGCCAAUCAACUUUCCCACGCCAACUUGUACAGAGGCACCGGUUGCGCCCAGCAGUCUUGUGGCUGUCAGCUUGCGGGAGUCACCGAAGUCCCAAGUCGAUGCUGACCUUUGCGUGGGCAAUCUUGCUGAAGCCGAUGCUGCUGUGCGUGAGAACCAGAGGAGCAUCGAAGAAACAGAGGCUCAACUGCAGGCUCUUCUGCGCCACCACGCCCGGCUGAUGGCAGCAGGCAGGCUGCUGGAGCAGCAAAAGGUACUGGAUGUGCUGGCGUUGGGGUCGUCGCUCGGGUACGACACCGGCCGACCCACUGCAGCCUUGUUGGUCUACAGGUGUUGUCUGCGGUGGGGCUGCUUCAGCGGCGACGCCCAGGCGGCUGCCGUUCUGGACAACCUCGCCUCCCUGCUGCACCAGCUCACGGACGACGACAGCGUCAACGCCAGACACGUCGCUGCCGCCGCCGCAAACAGCAGCAGCAGCAGCGGAACUGCAGCGGAGACCGCAGACCAGGGUGCCUCUGCAGGCGACAACGGUGGCAGCAGCAGCGCUGGCGGUGAUGAGGGCAAGCUGCCAGCAGUGGAGGCGGUCUCGGCAGUUGAGGGCGUCCGGGAGGGACUGGCUGACCCGGUGGCGGAGGCAGCUGCACGGGAGGUGGCUUACUGGCUCGCCGUCACCUCCACCCUCCUAGCCCUCGUGGACCCGCAUCUGCCCCUCGUGCCGGCCAGGCCCUCCUCCACUGGCACCAUCUCCUACUCAGCAGGUGCCGCGACCCAUGGGUCUCACUCGGCCGCGCCCACCCCCUUGGCCGUUGUGACGGGUGAGGCACGUGCCUCCAUGGCUCGUGCCGCCGCAACCGCCGCCGCCAAGAUGCAGGAGCUGCAGAAGCGCAUGGGCAACACAUUCAGCGUGUUCGGGAAGAACCUGCUGGCGCGGCGUCGCGGGGGAAGCUCAGCGGGAGGGGGGGCGGCGGGAGCGGAGGAGGGAGCAGCGGCGGCUGAGAUUUCCCAGGAGCACCAGGCGCAAGGCGAGCCAGCGCCUCAGCAGCAACCACCCCAGCUGCCUCCUCUCCCCCGCCCACCUUCCCCCGCAACCCACAUGCACGCCCCUUCCGAGCAGCCCCAGUCCGCCACACUCCCCCCGCCGCCGCCCGCCCUCUCGCGACCGCAUACCCCAUCUGGGUCAUCCUCAACCUCCGUCUCCGCCUCAGGCGCUGCUUCCUCCGCUGCUGCUCCUGCUGCUGAACCCUAUUCUUCAUCUGCAUCCGGGCCCUCUUCCGCACCCCCUGCCGCUGCAGCUGCUCCCCCCGCCAACCAGCAAUGCUUCCGACAGCAGCUGGACCUGCUGCUGCUGCGCACCUACAACCAGAUGCGCGACUCGCUCAAGCGCCACGUCAGCGCGGUGCUGCUGGGCUGCGUGCAGCAGCAGCCCAUGUCACCCAUGUCGCCCAUGUCGCCGCGGGGAGGAGCCGGGGCAGCCGGCAGCCAGGAGGGACAGGCGGAGGAGGAGCGAGGACAGGAGCAGCAGCAGCAGGAUGCCGGGGUGGAGGGUGGUGGCGGGGGUGAUGAAGACGGAGGUGCGGUACCCAGCAACAGUGGAGGAGUGGGGGUUGGAGGUGGUAGUCCCAGCAGUGCCGCCAGUCUGGCUCCCUGGGCUGAGCUGGUGGCGGUGCUGUCAGCGCACCUGGAGCUCAUGCGGGCCGCACACGUGCCGCGCAUACUCAUCCGCUGCCUAUUCAAACAGACGCUUUCCUUCCUGGACUGCCAGCUCUUCAACCAGCUGCUGCUGCGCCCCGAGUGCUGCUGCACCUCCAACGCGCACUACCUGGUGGCGGGGCUGGCGCUGCUGGAGACAUGGCUGGGGGCGCCGGGCGGGGCGGCGGCAGCAUCGGCCUCAGCAUCGGCAGCCGGGGCAGGGGCAGGCGCCCCUGGGGCCGCUGGGGGUGCCGUUGUUGACGGUGGCGGUGGGCAGGGCAAUGAGGAUUUGGCGGUGCUGGUUGGGGACCUGCGACACAUCCGGCAGGCCGCCCACUUCCUGGUGCUGGCCAACAAGGGCGCCCUCCGCCUGGACGAUAUCACCGCCAUGUGCCCCGCGCUCAACGUGCAGCAGCUCUACCGCCUGGCCACCACCUUCUGGGACGACUCGCCGCAGCCGCCAGUGCCGCCCACACCGCCACGGCAGCCGCUGCCACCCCCGCAGCAGCAGCAGCAGCCACUGCAGCAGGCUGAUGGGCAGACAAGCACGGCAGCACAUGGCACCUCCGGCGGUAGCGGCCAGGAGGAAGUGGGUGAGGUGGCAACCGGCGGCGACAACAACAGUGAUGGUGAGGGAAGAGGGGCCGAGGCGGAGGGCUUGGGCGAGGGCGUACAGGAGGACGACGCUGAGCGAGGCGCGGAGGUAGCUGGUGCCGCCGGGUUCG